CGCGACCACCGUGACGCUCCACUAAUAAGACAUCGCCUUCAUGCUCUAGUUACUGCUUAAUAUUCAGGAGAAAUUACCUCCAGUUCUAUAUUCUAAAUAAAUCUAAUAAAUUCACAAUAACAUCUCGAAGAUGUUAACCUCCGGACUCACCAACGCCUCGAUCUCCAAAUCUCUCCUCAUCUACACCGUCGCCUCCUCAGUGGCUCUCGCUAUCUUCGACCUUAAGCACCUCACUAGUAUCCAAGUCGCGCCACACAUCUGGCAAUAUGGACAAUUUUGGCGCAUUCUGGUGUGGCAGGUAGCCGGAUUCGCGAACUCGACGGAGGCGCUGUUCGCCGCGAUGCUAGUGUAUCAUCUACGAGUUGUCGAGCGCGCUUGGGGAAAAAGAAAGUUUGCGACCUUCCUCCUCACCACACUCCCCUACACAACCCUCCUCCCACCUCUCCUCCUCAUCCUCGUCCUCCGACCCAUCACCCUCGGGAAAUUGAACUACCUACCCUCCGGACCCGUAGCGACCAUCUUCGCCUUAUUAGCGCAAUACCACGCCUCAAUCCCAUCUACCUUCCGCUACCGGAUCUCCACGUCAUCUGCAUCUGAUUCGAACGAGACGAAAGACCAACCGCAACAGAGCAGCAAGUCCCUUACUCUUACACUGUCUGAUAAAUCUACAACGUAUAUUGUCGCUGCGCAACUGGCUUUGUCGCAGUUCCCGGCGAUGGUCGUCCCCGCUGCGGUGGGAUGGCUGGUUGGUGUGGCCUGGCGGAUGGAGUUCCUGCCUGGGACUGGCGCGUGGAGAGUCCCGGCGUGGAUGGUGGGGGAGAAAGAGCGGAGAGUUGUAAAUGGAGCUGGAGGGGCAGAUGGUGGAAGAUAUGAGGACUUGAGGAGGAGGUUGGAGGGAGAGGCUAUUGCGGCGUCGGCGAGUUCGUCGGCUACGGGUGCGACGGGGGAUGCUGCGGGACAGAGGUUGAGGAGGAGUGGGGGGAUAUAGAUUAGAGGGUUUUUCCAUGUAGUUAUUACGAUAUAGGAG